CGGGAUCGACCCGCUGUAUCCAACAAGAGUGGAUUUUCAACGAGCUCGAGAGAAAAGCGGAGACAGGCAGACAUCAUUUCUCUCUCAGCGCCUUUGGACUAUCUACACGAAGGCAAAGAGCCAAGAACAAAAAAAAAUUAAAAAAAAAAAUCUUAACAGGAAUAUACUUAUCUAAAUUAAUUUAGAAAAUUAGCCAUGGCCGACACAGCUGUCGACAAACCCGCAACUGCAGAGGUUACAGCCAAGGAGCUGAAGGAGAAGAAAGACGUAGAGGUGAAGGAGAAGAAAGACGUAGAAGUGAAGGAGGAGGAGGAGGAGGAGGAGGAGGAGAAGAAGACCGACAACGGGGACGCACCUGCCAAUGGCACAAAUGGUGCUGAUCACAGUGACAAAGUGGAAAAGAAGACAGAAAAGAAGACCGAAAAAAAGACAGAGGAGAAACACAAGAAUGGAGAUGGAGAGGCAGAGGAGGCGCCCCCUGCUGAGGAGACUGAUGCACAGCCUGUGAAGCGUGCAGCUGAAGAGGAGGAGGAGGAGGAGGAGGAGGAGAAGGUGGAGACAAAAAAGCAGAAGACGGAGGAAAAUGGAGAUUCAAAAGAGGCAGAAGUGAAGGCUUAGGUCUCUGCCCUGCUACUUGUUUUUCAGCACUGUCCCACCAGCCUGGUCAACACCGCGUUGUAGGGCUUGUGCUUUCUGUACCUUUUGAGAAAUAUUUCUUUUUGUUUGCUCCCAUGUUAUCACAUUGCACUGGAGUCCUUAAACAUAGUGGCCCUGAAUCUUUUUUUUUUUUUUUUUUUUUUUCUUUUUUUUUAUGAAAUGUUAUUUAUUGGUCUUUAAAAUGAGCUUUGUUUUGUCUUUACUUGUACAAAUUGGGCCACACCAUGAGAUCAUUUCUUGAGGUGUUCUUUCAGGAUGUUAGAAGCACAAUCUCUAUUAUGUCAGUGCUGACCAGAUGAUUCAUACGUACAGGUAGCUGCUCAACUCCUCCAUGGCUCAUGUUGACCUCUCAGAUUCACUUAAGGACCAAAGAUAAGUUUUAAGCAGGGGCUAAUGGACAGUUGUUAGCAUUAUUAGUUGAGGCAUCAUUUUUUUGUGUUGAGCUGCUUGCUAAUCCUUGGCUUGGCUGCCCUGUUAACAUAACAGAUGGUGCAAAUGUAUAAAGGGGCUCCGUCUUGCGCCUUCCUCAUAAGAUUGCUUGACCUUGUUUUAUGGAGGUAGAAUUUUGCAAUGUUAGUUAACCCCUCUUAAAUCUUAACACUUUGGUCAUUUGUUCUGUAUGCAUUCCAUGCAAGUUUGUACCAUUUAUACUUUUGUUUUUCUUACAAUUUCAAUGAGUUUUAUGUUGUGGCUGGGUAGCCCAGUUUUGUGUCCAAGACUGCCUUUCUCAGAACCAGAAUGACAUUCGGUUACUUCAGCCACUGCUUUGUAUAUUCUGAUUAACAAAUAAAUUGUCUUUUUACUUAAGUAUA